GCAGUUGUUUCUGGGUUUAGCCUCACAAAGCAUGCACUUUUAGAGCUUUGAUGUAUUCCAAAAUGCAGCGAUGUCGCUGGCGACCGGGAUGCCCUAAACUGUCCAAGAACCUAAGACAGUUUCACACGCUCUGAGAUCAGGACAGCCUCCGCGCACUUCCGGUCUGUUUCCGGAGCCGCCAUCUUGCUUCCGGUUUCUGCGGGGGGGUUGGAUCGCAAACACAGUCCUGCGCCAGGCUGUUAUGACAUCUAGAGGUAGUCAGACGCCUGCCUUCUGAUCUAUUGUGGCAGUUCUCCAGUGUAAGAGACUGGUUCCCCUCGGGAGGCUUUUUCGUUGUUUUCUAGCUUUUUCCCUCAGCAAGUAUGUAGCAAUCUUUGCAUGUCGGAAUCCACAAUCAAGGCACAGCAAAUGCCGGUUCACCUCUGUUCGCCUUCUCUUCCAGCUGCGAUUGCAAGGUGCUCCAUGUGCCUUAGAGAGCGAGGAAAAUGAGCACAGUUGUGGGGUUGAUGUCAUUUGAGGAUGUCUCUGUGGACUUCACUUGGGAGGAGUGGCAGGACCUGGAUGAUGCUCAGAGGAAGCUCUACAGGGAUGUGAUGCUGGAGACCUACAGCAGCCUGCUGUCCUUGAAUCAGUGUGAUGCCAAACCUGAGUUGAUCCUGAAGUUGGAGCAGGGAGCUGGGCCAUGGAAGGAAGAAGAUGCCCCAAACCAAAGGCUCCCAGCUAUGGAGAAUGUGAAGAGCCUGAACGAGACCAGUUGGGACAAUCAAAAGAGACAUUUGAACCACAUGGUAAUCACUGACAAUCUUCAGCUGAGAAGAGAAUCAAAUUUGGGAAAAGAUUUAAUAUGAGUUCCAACCAUGUUUUACACCUGGCUAUUAAGAAUAGAAACUCUUCUAAAAUGAGAUCUGAGAUGCUUGAUAUAUGGGAAAAUGUGUAUCUCCCUGGUGAACCCAGUGACAUGCAGCCUAUACAGGAACUUGAUCACCUUACUGCAGCCAAGAUGUCAUGCAGACCUCCUGAGCCUCUUCGUCUGGAUCACAGUGUUGAAAGUGGGCAACGGCACUUUCUGUAUAGUCAACACGAUGAAGCCUUCAAUGGGAACACUGUGUGGACACCUAAGGUAUUUCCUUUGGAGAUAA